AUGGCGUCCCUUCCCCGCCGGACCACCUCCCUGACGCGCCUCACUAACGAAACGAAGGUCCAAAUCUCCCUCUCCCUCGACGGCGGCGUCCUCCUCCCCUACGAACCAUGCGCUCACUUCCCCCAAACCUCCCCAGAGGAAGCUACCCAGAUCGUCCCCUCCCCCGAAUCCGCACACGCCACACAAUUCACAUCCACGCAGCAGAUCACGAUAAGCACCGGUAUCGGGUUUCUAGAUCAUCUCCUCCAUGCCCUGGCGAAGCACGCCGGGUGGAGUCUAGCCAUCAAGAUUCCGUUUGACACCAUGCACUGUUUUUACCCGGCUAAAUCAUCGUCGACGACCCCCACACUACCGAAGACCCUUCCUCGCCCUGGGCACCGCUUCACCCGCGCCUUGGCCCUCGCGGUCUCCCUCGUCCGCUUUGCGCGGGGCGACGCCCCGCUCGACGAGGCCCUCUCCUGGGCGGUGAUCGACAUAUCCUCGCGACCCUACAGCGUGAUCAAUCUGGGCCUGCAGCGCGAGAAGGUCGGGGCGCUGAGCACGGAGAUGAUCUCGCAUGGUCUGGAGAGCUUUGCGCAGGCGGCGGGGGUGACGUUGCAUGUGAGCUGGUGCGUAGGGGAGCAUCGAUCAUCAUCGGGCGGAGAGUGCGAUCAAGGCGAUGGCGGUGGCGGUGCCCGGGGCGACGGCGAGGAGGGCGGUGGGUGA